AUGAGUAAUGUCCAUUUUCCCUUGUGGGAGCAACAGAGCCUCUUCAAGUUAUCAUGUGCUGAUGCAGAAACGUGUAAUCAGUUAGCAAGUGUGGAGAACCAAGUAUCUCAUCAAACAGGUGAUUCUGAAGUGGGCACCAAGAAGAUGGCUAUCCCACGCCUCGCGGAGGGAGCUGAAUCUGCGUUCACCUCUCCUGACGGAAAAAGAGAAAAGUCCAAGCGGCAGUUGGUAAGUCUGUCAGCAAAAGUGCAUGCAUAUGAGGAUGUCAUUGGGAAGUUGAGCAAUCGAUUUGGGGUGUCUGAUGAGCAAUUAGUGAAUAUUGCACUAGCAGCGGAAUCGGCUCCAGACUUGUCACUCAACUCAAAAGCAUGCCUUACAACUAGAUUGUGGGAUCCAGGUUCUGAGCCACCGCCCUCUCGAGCAUUAUCUGAGAGUCCCAUGGAAUUGGGAGACCAGACAGAAGAAGACUUCAACAGGGAUGAAACUUCACGGGCAACAGGUUUCAUUGGAACAAGCUCCGAGAUUACUUGGCUUCAGAAGCUCAGUAAAGUGGUCAACGCCGAAUGUGAAGCCUGGCCUGCGCCCUUUUUAAAUGGCGAUGAAGAUAACGGUCUUCCCUCUCCGACCUUAACACCUCGACCAGAGAAUACCAGCGAUCCAUUGGUGGUGGCCUCCAAUUAUUACCUUGAUGAUCAGGAUAUUCCAACAGCAGAUCCCUCAGGUAUGUUUGGAGUGCCCUCGCGGGAGAUGGCAACAAAGCUGCUGAACGCCUAUCUGACCUCGGUACAUCCUUCGUUCCCAAUCAUUGGAAUCUCCACAUUUGUGCCCCAAUUCCAGGUCUUUUUCAACCAGCUUUCCCUCAAACCAGGGAACAAAUGGCUUGCCAUUCUUAACCUCAUUUUUGCCAUUGCAGCAAGAUAUGGACAAUGGACAAACGCAGAUUGGAAAGAGGAAGACGAUGAUCAUCAAAUGUACUUUUCCAAGGCGCGAGCUUUGAGCUUGGAAGAUCAAAUUCUGCAUCAUCCUGAUCUACAGCAGUUGCAAGUUGAAGGACUGACUUCGUUCUAUCUAACUGCAUUGGGACACAUCAAUCGGGCCUGGAAGUUGUCUGGAAGUGCAGUUCGAGGAGCGCUGGCUCUCGGGCUGCACCUACGUAAUGUCGGUGUGAGUAUACCAGACAGCUCCAAAGAGAUUCGCUAUCGAGUGUGGUGGUCGCUAUACACGUUGGAGUACCUUCUCACUACUAUCACGGGACGUCCGUCAUGUGUCACGGACAGCUCUUGUACCACACCCAUGCCCGUUCCUUUUGAUGAAAGUGAUUUUCAAAAAGUUGAAGUGACUCGACUGAUCACCAAUGGACACCACGCCCAUUCUGAGCAGAUGUCUACAAACAGCCGUGCAGAAUCAACUACGGGUUCUGACAACGAUGUGUCUACUGAGGCCGAAACGAAAAUGAGUCGGGUAGAAUAUUUGAAGACUCUUCCGCCUUGCACUUCACUUUACUUCCUGCAGCUGGCUUCCUUGACAUGUAUUUCUAAGCGGAUGACUGUGAAGCUUUACAGCCCGGAAGCGCAGCAAUCCCCGUGGGCAAGCACAGAGUUUACCAUGCAGAGCUUGAUGCUUGAGGUUGAUUCGUGGUUUAUGAAUCUUCCUGCGGCAUACGACUUUACUUCGACGCAGACAUCUCAAUGCCCCAUCAGUCAAAGAAUGGGCCUCGCCUUUCUCUUCUACGGCACCAAGAUUGGAAUAACCAAGCCAUGCCUACGUCAUUUGAAUCAAUCUCUUUCCGAAGAUGAUAAAACAUACGAGUUUUGCAACAAAACUGCUGCAGACUGUGUUGAGGCUGCGUGCCACAUGCUCACGCUGUUCCCGGAAACCCCAGACGCAGUACUUCUUUACAAGAUGUCACCCUGGUGGUGCACAUUACAUUACUUGAUGCAAGCGGUUACGGUUCUUUUGCUAGAGCUGGCGUUCCGAGCACAACACGUUCCCGAAAAAUCCACGAUGGUGUACAAGGCCGCAAAGAAAGCCCUAGACUGGCUGUCGACGCUAUCAGAAACAAAUAUGGCGGCGGAAAGAGCCUGGAAACUUUGUGACGGGUUCCUCCACCGCUUGGCACCGUACAUUGGUCUCAACGUAAACGAUUUCCCCCACAACGAAGAGUCAGAUUCACUCUUUGACAUCCCUGAUACUGCAGACUCCGAGGCUGGCUCUUCGGUCAUGCAGCAGGCGUCUGUGCCAUUCGACACUUCCGGGGCAAUGCCCGCAACAGCAGCGGUCAAUGCCAUUCCGGUAGAGCUUGAUUCGAUUACCUGUUCCCCGAUGAAUCAAUCUGAUACUCCUUCCGCCAUGCAGGGUUCCUACGAGAUUGAAGCGCCCGAUUUGCUGGAUCAAUUUAUCAAGCAGGAAAAAGACCAAAACUCGUAUGACGAGUGCUUCCCUUACGACCCGGCUACUGGUCAAAUCACGGGUUCUUUCUUCCCAUCCGGUCCUAACUUGGACCUUGAUCUGGGGUAUUUCUGGGGCGACCCAGUAUGUUAA